ACAGCAAUCGGACAGUCGAGUAUAAAAACCCAGCUGACUUUCUCCCAGCAACCAACAACAACCAAAAAACCAAAAAACCAAAAACCAACCAACAACAACCCAGAAACAACAACAUGCAGUCUUCUUCAGUCAGGUUCCUCCCACCCUCAGCCGAAUCAAAAACUCACCAUCGAUUCCCGAGUAUAAGCAACAUCAACCCAGAAAACCUGUACCAGGAAAGACUAAGCCCGAUCCCAAGACCAUCAAGCACCCAUCUCGACAACCUCCCCCAACGAUAUCCCACCCUCUCCCACGACAGCUCAUCCAGGCACACCAAUCACAGGAACCCCAUCGACCAUGCCCAUCUCCACCCUGCAAGCCACUACCACCACCACCACAGCACUCAUCAUCACCAACAAUACCACCACCAUCAAGACCGUCACCUCUCGAGCGAGAAACCAAGACCAUCCUCGAUCUCAAAGAUCCCUAAUAACCCUCCCCCUUCACAGCAACAACAAGCACUCAGACCAUCCAUCUCGCGCACCAGAACCCAGAGUCUCACCGAAGCUUCCCUCAAACCAACUUCUUCUUCCAGUAGUACUACAGCUCAUCAACGCUCCUGGAUCGUCCCUCUCAACUCUCUCCAUCCUCGCCUCCCGUACCCCUUCCCCUUCGCCCGGCUCUUCUGCUCUCGCCAAGAACUCAAUCACUUCCAUCAAGAAAAACCUCGUCGAAAUCCUCGAUCGGUUCGCUUGUCCUCUCGAAGAUAAACUCCUCUUGGUCGCUAAAUUACAUGCCGAAGUCGAAGCCGAAUUGACCCAAUUAAACGAGCUUUCCGUCGGGCCGACCUACACCACCCACAAUAGCAGAAGUAGCCGUCAUGCACAUCAUGAGAGUGUGGACCGGAGCGCGAAUCACAAGAUCAUGGGACAGACACAGACGGGCCAGCAGAACCAUUCGCGGAAAGAGAUCGAAGACAUGGUCCGGUUGAUCAAGCAUGCCGAUCGGAUCAAAGCGCAUGCGCUCCAACAGCUCAAACAGGACCUCAGUAACAGCCACUCCCAGUCCGAUCCCCAUCCGGACCCUUAUACCCGUCCCCUCCACCCGCCUAGUGUCCAUACGAGUAAUAAUAGUGGUCGUGUGGCCCUGCUGAACAGGACAGACCUCCAUUAACUUCCCAGACAAUCUGGCCCUCUCUCUCUCUCUCUACCCUGUUUAUCUCUCUGUGUACAGCAAUUAUCGUGGUGCAAAUCGCCCUUAUCUUACGGACUUUAUCACUCUGGUUCCCCCCAACUCUUCCGUGGUUCUUGAAUACAGUCUUCUUGCUCAUCUUCAUCAUUACCCCCCUCAUUAUCAUAUACAUGACACAACAACACCAAAAAAUACCCACAGAAGGUAUUUGUUAUUGAUGCUUUCUAUAUAUAUAUACACAUGCUUUCUUAAUGCUCUAUGUAUCAGCCCUCAGCCUGUCUGUUCUGUGUACACACCUUAUCUCUUUGUAAGUCUUAACAUGGCUCUUGGUCUGGGUGAUAUGUUAGUAUCAGUAAACAAUAUCUAUCCAUCUAGUACUAUAAUAUCCAAGCACUUUGAAACUCCAGAUUAAGGGAAAAAAAAUGAAAGACAAUAAUGAUAA